GGUGUAUGCGUAUUAUUUUUUCAUUUAGGGAAAGAGAAUAAAAGUGGAAAAUAACAUCAAUAGUAAGAAUUUGUUAAAAUAAAGAUUUAUGAGCCAGUCAAUAAAGAUUUUUGGUUUUGCAUUAUGCUGUAAAAAUGGUUUUUAAAUGGCAGAACUUCAUGUAAUUGGAGAGAUCAAAGGUGCUAGUGGCUUUCCUUCUCACAGUUUGUAUUGCAAAUGGUCAGUGCAUGUUGAAGGGUCAUGGAAACUAUUGGCUGGAUUAAAAGAAGGACAAACUCAAGUGGACAACCCGGAGAUAUAUGAUUAUGCAGUAUGGUCUCAUCCAUUAGACUUACAUUUUGCUACAAAGGGUUUGAAGGGCUGGCCAAAAUUACACUUCGAAGUUUGGCAUCAAGAUAAUUUUGGGCGGAAUGAGAUUUAUGGUUAUGGCUUUUGUCACAUCCCAUCAUCUCCAGGUCACCACAAAUUAACAUGUGCCACAUGGAAACCAACUGGAGAUUGGAAACAUCGGGUACGAUCGUAUUUUGUUGGUGGUGGACCAGUUCUGCGGAACUCUGACGUGAUUUACACAGGACCCGACAGAUACAGACUAACAACAAUAGCUAUGGGAACUAUACAUAUUCAACUAGGGAUUAUUUUACGAAAUUUUGAUAAAUUUGGUAUUGAAUGUGGGUAAAGAAAUUAAAUUAUUUAUAAUUAAUUGAUUAAUUGAUCAUAUCAAUUUUUGGUCCAUGUUGUUCGGGUUUUAAUUGCCAUGCGAUAUGACAAAUUACAAAUUCUCCUUAUAGUUUUAAUUUUCUUGAGAAUAUGAGAAAAAACAGUAAUUUCAUUUUUAAUGUCCUGAAUUUCUUAACAUAUCCGUGAAGUUAUUUGAAAUGCUGUCUGUCAAAAGACUGGCUUUCAUUCUUCACAAAAGUUGAUCUACUGUUUUUGCGACGUAACGCAGAGUCGUCCAAGAUCUUUGAUUAGAAGUUCUCCCCAGUGCAAAAGAUGACACCAACAAAAAUUAACGGAGAAAGAGGGGUGGUUAUUCGUUAUCUUUUUUGUUUUUUUUCUAUUUGUUUUGAACCAUUUCUGACGGGAAGGAAAUUCGUCGGAAAUGUUUUUAGUUAUAUUAGGUCAUAUUUCUUUAUUAUUUUGUUUGUAUAUACAUAUAUAUUGUUUACUUGGACAUGCUGGAUACAGUUGGUCCGGGUGACGUCAUCGUUUUUUAUUAUCUUUGUGUAUAAGGAGGUUCGUUAUUUAUUUAAAGAUGUUUUAAAAUAGCUA